GGCAUCUGACUGGAAACUGGACCAUCCGGACUGGACGGGGCGGCUUCGUGUCACCUCCAAAGGCAAAACUGCAUACAUAAAACUGGAGGAUAAAGUUUCAGGAGAACUCUUCGCCCAGGCUCCUAUAGAUCAAUACCCUGGCAUUGCAGUGGAGACUGUGACGGAUUCCAGCCGCUAUUUUGUCAUUCGAAUUCAGGAUGGGACUGGACGAAGUGCUUUUAUAGGCAUUGGCUUCACGGAUCGUGGUGAUGCCUUUGACUUCAACGUCUCUUUGCAGGAUCACUUCAAGUGGGUGAAGCAGGAGACUGAGAUCUCCAAGGAGUCCCAGGAAGCUGACACACGUCCCAAAUUAGACUUAGGGUUUAAGGAAGGGCAGACCAUCAAACUGAACAUUGGGAACAUGACAACAAAGAAAGGAGGACCAGCCAAGCCCCGUGUGUCUGGAUCAGGUGGUCUAAGCCUGCUGCCACCCCCACCAGGAGGCAAAAUUGCAGUCCCUCCUAUACCUCCUCCUUCUUCCACAGCCAUUGCCAACCAUGUCACGCCACCACCUGUGCUGAAAUCCAGUAACGUGAGCAAUGCAGGUAAACAUUAG